AUGGCUAUGGAUAAGGGUAUGGAUAAGGGUAUUGGCACUGGCAGCUACCUCAGCAGAGGCAGGGUUAUGGCUAUGGGUAUGGAUAUGGGUAUGGCUAUGGGAUCAAAGUCGGAUCCACCUCAGGAGGCAGAGGAUAGCCUGUGCUUUCCAAAGAUCACCCCCAGGGCAGAAGAUGAUCCGCAAAAGCUGGAGGCUUGGAUUACGGAGAGGAUGCAAUUUCGGUCUCAGCUGGAAAGCCUUGUGGAUGUGAAAAGAUGGCUGAUGCAGAAGCCUUCCCGCAGCGACCAGGAGGAAAGAGUCUGGAGAAGAGUGCAGGGCGGCAGGAAGGCCGGGGCCCGGCGGCCCCGCGGCGCCGAGAGGUGCCUGCCGCCGGGGAGCAGCCAGACAGGGUGCCACGGGAGCGCGCCCCUCAUCCGUGCGCCGUAUCCGCAGGCUCUCGUCACGCUGCAAAACCUUCUGCACAAGCACAGCUUCAAGAUGGUGGACCUGUUCAGGAAGGCCGAUGUCUAUAGGGGGAAGAUCUCCAGGGAAAAGUUCAUUAAGGUCAUCAAGGAGACCAAAGUUCCGGUAAGUGACAAGGAUUUGGAGGAUGCGAUCAUCUUCCUGACUUCGUCAAAACAGGGGAAUGUUAUAAGAAGUGAGGAUCUGGUAGAAUGUCAAGAUCGGUGGCUGGAAAUGAUGCAAGGGCAGUGCAGAGAGACCCCAACAGGUGUACAAGCCCAGUCCCCAAAAGCCGCUUACAGAACUGCCACUUACAGAGCCUCUGUGGGGGGAAGAGCCAGAGAAGAGAAGCCUCUCGUUCCCCGCAAGCCCCAAGCACGGUCACGGCUGCUGGAAGUUCCCCCAGGGAACACUGAGCCGGAACGCAGAUAUGUGAGCUACGAUGAAAUGGAGGAGAUUGGAAAGCGGUUCCGAGACAGGAAGCGGAGGGAGAAGCUCUGCUUGCAGAGCAAGGACACCCCGAUAGAAUGGAGAGAAAAGUGCCGGCUGGUGCGAUCYGGGGACAGGCGUGUCGACGAGCACUGCCUGCCCUCCACUCUAGCGGGCGACAUGGCCGAGCUCACGGACCACUAUCGCGGGGAUUCCUUCAUGACCUACCUGAGGAGCUUCAACCUCUGCAAAGAACAUCAGAUCCACCUCACCAAGGCAGUGCUGCAGAAAGCCCUGCUGCACCCAGGAGACAAGAUCAUAAAAGAGGGAGACGACAUGCGGAAAAUCAGGCAGCCUGGAGGGCCCUACUCGGCAGCAGCCGCCCGUGCGCCGCCCGCCGCGAGCGCAUCAGGGCCGGGAGCAUCCGGCAAGCGGGCCGGAGAGAUGCACAACAGGCAGAGGCGGCGAGGGCGGCGGGCCGGGCGCGUGAGCAGGUCGCACGACAACAACUUCUGGCCGGGGCAGCUGCUGGACAAGCUGCGGCUCUUCCUGCCGGCGCCGCCGGGCCGGGCGCUCGCCCUCUUCAGCUACGUGGGCCGCCCGGGGCCCGGCUGCCUCGGCGGGCCGGCCGCCCCGCGCCCGGGUGCAGGCCCGGGCCGCCCCUCAGCGCCGGCGCAAUAA